CCAAGUCACGGAUGGCGAAGGCGCCCUGACGCUCAGCAGCAGCAGCAGCAGCAGCAGCAGCGGCGGCGGCGGAGCCGUGACGCAGGCCGCUGAGGGAAGUCCCUCCUCCCUCGCCUUCACCUUCCCGCGCGCCUCUGCCGCUAGCUAGCAGGCUAAGCGCCGUCCUCUGCCGUCCUGCCUGCCGCCUGUGAUGUCUUCCAGCGGCCUCCGCUGAAGAGCCCGUGCUGCCCGCCGCCAUGGAGUGUCGCGUCCUGUCCAUCCAGAGCCACGUCGUCCGCGGCUACGUGGGCAACAAGAGCGCCUCUUUCCCGUUACAGGUUCUCGGGUUUGAGGUGGACUCCAUCAACUCUGUGCAGUUUUCUAACCACACAGGUUAUUCCCACUGGAAGGGUCAGGUGUUGACUGCAGACGAGCUCCACGUUCUUUAUGAAGGCAUCAAACUGAACAACGUCCACCAGUACGACUACGUUUUAACAGGGUACACCAGGGACACGUCCUUCCUGGAGAUGGUGGUGGACAUCAUCCAGGAGCUGAAGAGAGCCAACCCCAACCUGGUGUACGUGUGUGACCCAGUUCUCGGGGACCACGGCUCCAUGUACGUGCCACAGAAUCUUUAUCCUGUCUACAAGAACAAGGUGGUUCCUGUUGCUGACAUCAUCACUCCGAACCAGUUUGAGGCAGAGUUACUGACGGGGAAAACCAUCAGCACGGAGAAAGACGCUGUGGAGGUGAUGGACCUGCUUCAUGCCAUGGGUCCAGACACGGUGGUCAUCACCUCCUCCGACCUGCCGCCCAGACUGGGCGACCGCUUCCUGGUGUCGCUGGGCAGUCAGCGCCACGUUCGUCCAGAUGGCAUGCGGACCACACAGAGGGUUCGGAUAGAGGUGCCCAAAGUGGAUGCUGUUUUCGUGGGAACUGGGGACCUGUUUGCUGCCAUGUUGCUGGCCUGGACACACCACUACCCCAAUGACCUGAAGACGGCGUGUGAGAAAACCUUUUCAGUGAUGCACCACGUCAUCCAGAGGACCAUAUCGUACGCUCAUGAGCUGGCAGGACCCGGUCGGAGGCCCAGUCCGCCCCAGCUGGAGCUGCGCAUGGUUCAGAGUAAAGCCGAUAUAGAAGACCCUGCUAUAGUCACGGAGGCCACGGUCAUUUCCUAACACACACACACACACACACACAUCAGUCCCCCGUGACUUGGUGAUCUCAUCACAGUGAGCGUCCUUCGUCCCGCCCUCCAACCUCUUGGUAUUGUAUUCCCCCUCUAGUCUACUUCCUCCUCCCAGUUCCCAAAACCGUGUUGUGGGCGGAGAGCUGCAGACAGACUGGGCGCGGGGUCAGGUGUGGACCUGCUCCCCGCAGCGGUGCAGUGGCAUCACAAAAGCACGGCUGUGAUGCCCUCGGCGCCUCCCAACGCUCCUCACCGAGGUCAGGAUGGGGUGUCAUGAGUGUUCAUUGGGAUCUAGCUUUGAACUUUGGUCUUUCAAACUCAGAUUCUUUUCAUGAGAAAGGCUUUGUUUUUCGUCUAGUUUUCAGUCAUUUGUGGUUGUGUUUCCCUUCAGUACGGGGUGUUGGAACAGGAUUGCAGAUUGAAAUAGCUCACAAUCACAGUCAGCAAUAAAAAGCCAACAACAGACGUGCGUGUCAAAAAGCCUGCAGGGUGGGAAGAGGAGGCUGUUGGCCGGCGACACGGCCGACUGGACAGCUGUGGUGACAGCAGCCCAGAUCCAGAUGCCUCCUGAUGACAGGAGUACACACCCAAGCAGAGGACAACUCUCCCACACCUUCACUUGCUUUUCAUCAGUCUUGCAGACAGUGGACGCUGGUUGUGGCUUGAUAAAAAAAUCAUUUAAAUUUUGAUUUCUUUUCAGUGAACGAUUUCCUUUAUUCGGUAGUUUUUGUGAACGAUCAGCACCUUUGUCCAGGCAGUAGCUGUAGGUGGCUGAACCUUGCUUGAGGUCUUCCUGAGGAAGCUCUGCUCCUGCUGCCUCCAACGUCUCCUGAGGUUUGGAAGGGCCAGCUGAGCUCUGCAGGUUCAGCUGGUGAAGGUCUGGAGGCUUGUUCACCUUAGUCACGCUGGCUUCUGCCUGCUGCUUUGACGCAUCAUUUGAGACUUCAGGAGCAGAAACUGUGAAAGGUCUGCUCCGCUCCACAUUCUUCUCCCUUUUGAGGUGAAAGCUGAGCCAGUGACAGCCCUCCAGUGAAGCCACGAAAGCCCGAGGCUUCCUGACCGGCCGCCGUGUGCUCAGCUGAUCCGGACCAAUGAGAGGGCAGACCUUCACCACCCGACCUUUGACCUCCGCUGCGUCUCUCUGCAACUCUCUCAGCUUCUCCCCGUCCCCGUCUAACAGCAGUGAUGUAAUGGUGACCAAGUUGAAACCCUGAAACCCACAAAAUACCACCAAUAAGGAAACAAAAAAAAGACGACGCACAAUGUAUAGUUGAUGUGUAGAUGUUGUUCUCUAACUGUGUCGGACCAUCUGUAAGAUAUACUCUCUUGGACCAUCGUGUUGAUGCUGCCGGGCCAUCCGUCACUCGCUCCAUAUGGCAGAGAGGCCCCGGCCGCUUCUGGCUCGCCGUGCCGCCUCGCUCUUCCAGCUAACUGUCCGGCCGUGCCCGCCACAGCCGCACGGCCGGUCUGCACCACGUCAGCACCGACCCAGAACCGUGUGCUGCAAGGGAGGCCCGGAGCGCGGGGCUGAAUGUCGGUGUUGUCUGCCUCCACUGGAGAAGCCACCUGUUUCCAGCAGAGGUCCGCCGGAUGACUCCUCCCACUUGCGUGACGUCACCUCGACAUGGCGCGUGCCUUAGCCCGCCGAGCAUCUCAGUCCCUGCUUCAGCUGAGGCGUCAGAGAGUUGUGGUUCUGGGCGGCCCGGCUUGUCUGUGGACCUUCUGUCAAACUGCCUUAGGAACCUCACAGUGCUGACGACAGGGGGGAGGGGCCGCUAUCAUCCCCCUCUCAUGUCUCCGAUUGUUCGCCUCUUGAUCAUGUUCGUUUGUUUGUUUGUUUUUUAAAAUAGGUGUUUGUAAUUGACGCGGUGCCGAACUGGACUUUUCCUUUUCAAGAUGAGCGUCUGUUUUCAUGUGCGUGAGGAGCGUGAGCUGCUCCUGCGGUGACUGGUCUGAACCUCUGUGGAGCAGUUCUUCUGCCGCUCCUGGCUUCCACCCCGUCUCUGGAGUCGGAUCCUCCCCUCCGGUGUCUGGACGGGCCGGUCGGCUGUGGCAGCCUGGUCCGUCCCAGGCCUCUGUGUGUGUGCGUGUGGCGUCGGCCGCUGGUGCAUGGCUUCCAGACUCCGAGUGCUGUGCAGACAUUGACACGGAAACCAGACUGUAAGGUCCACAUAUCUCUCUGUCCUACCAUCAUCAUCAGCACAGCAGCAACACUUGCUGAGACCAGUGUUGGGUUUGGUGGAAGCAGCGGCUGGUCCUCCUCCUCUGGAGAGCGCUGCUGUUGGAGGAGAAAGGGCGAGUCUCAGCAUCAGCGGGACAGAGCCACACCCAGGUGUGAGCGUCGCUCCUCACCUCCUGUCUGUCCUCGCUGGCCAAAACAAAACCGGAGCAAACGUCCUGAUCAUUGUUUGGUAACUGUUUCUAGUGAAUCUGUUUUUGGAGCGUUACGAGUAUUUUCUAACAUGUUACAAUAAAAGAUUGUAGUGUACAAAUCCACAUUUCUAAAGUAUAGAGAGAUUAAUAUAUAUAUAUAUAUGAGAAGAUGUAUGUUUAAUGCAAUAAAGAGGAGUUAAGACCAGAGUGCGUCCGCUCGUUUUUCUGAGGCCUCAGGCCGCUCCAGGUGAGGAGGACUGUUGUGGGGCCU